CGGCUAUCCCCCGACCCCGCAUCACACCUUUCCCAAAAGCCCCUAGCCCCAUGCCCUACACCUCCAACCAUCUGCUAUCCCAUGUCGAUAUAAGUAUUGCUACCAUUCUUCCCGCCCAGGCGACAAAAUGCCAACAAACGCGGCGAAGAACCUCCACGGCAAAGUCGUCCUCAUAACCGGCGCCUCAUCCGGCAUUGGCCGCUCCUGCGCGUUUGAAUUCGCACGCACAAGCCCGCAGAGCCUCAAGUUGAUACUCACAGCGCGCCGCGUCGACAGACUGCAUGAAAUCGCCGCCAGCAUCACGGACGAAGUCGGCAGCGGCGUGGAAAUAUGUACGCGCAAGCUGGACGUCAGCAAGCCCGCCGACGUCCGCAGACUGUGGGCCGACCUGCCCGACGCCUUCAAGCACGUGGACGUCCUGGUCAACAACGCGGGCUUCAUGUCUGGGUACGAACGGGCGCCGGAUAUUCCCCCGGCGGUCGUGGACGACGUGUGGGCCACGAACGUCACGGGCUGGAUCGGCAUGACGCAGGAGUUCCUCAGGCUUGCGAAGCGGAGAGACGGGGGCGGGAGAGGCGACGUGGUGAUGCUCGGGAGCAUUGCGGGACGCGAGCCGUAUGCGGGCGGCUCGAUCUACUGCGCGAGUAAAGCGGCGAUCAGGAGCUUUACGGAUGCGCUGCGGAAGGAGUUGGUUGCGACGAGGAUUCGGGUUAUUACCGUGGAUCCGGGGCAGGUGCUGACAGAAUUCACACUCAUACGGAACCGAGGCGAUGAGGCGUCGGCGGACAAGAUCUACGAAGGAUGUGAUCCACUGACACCCGAUGACGUUGCGGAAGUGGUUGUGUUUGCAUGCAGCAGAAGGGAAAACGUGGUGGUGGCGGAUUCAAUGUUGUUUCCGACGUACCAGGCCUCCUCUCUCGAUAUACACCGUAAACUAUGACGGUGCUCUUCUCAAUUCUCGUCGGAUACAGUAGUAGCACGGAGAGCUCUUGGCUUCACCACCUGAGUUCACAAUCUAAUCAACAUAAUUGAACCGGAUUGUAGCAGGGUUAAUUGGAAACUAUGGUUGGGCUCUUGCUGCUACCCAGCACGUCAGUGUCAGCACAGGAAUCUGCCGUACUAAUCGCGACAAGCCGUCGUGUAUACUGUCAUCCCACAGCAGAUUCAGGACAUGAGAAGUAGCGAAACCACACCAAGCAAAGCCUUGAUAAACCAAUUACAUAUCUCCGCACUAUCGGUGUCCUGCUAAGGACCUAGAUUAGAAGAAUUCACCUGUAGCUUU